AUGGAUGCUGCUGCUGCUUUAAUUGGAGGAUCAUUCCUGUCUGCACUUUUCGAUGUCUUGUUCGACAGGAUGGCUUCUCCAGAGCUACUCCAUUUCAUCAGGGGCCAUAAACUCAAUCAUGGCAUGCUGAACAAGUUAGAAAUGAUAUUAAACUCUGUGUGUGGAGUGCUUGAUGAUGCAGAAGAGAAGCAGAUUAGCAAGCCAUCCGUGAAGAGGUGGCUCGACGAUCUCAAAGACGCAACGCUUGAAGCAGAUGACUUAUUGGAUGAAAUAUCUUAUGAAUUCAAGCGGUUGGAGUUGGAACCUUAUUUGGGAUCCCAGUCCACCACCACUGCAGAAAAGGUGCGGAACUUCAUCUCUCAGCGCUCUUUCAGAGAAGGCACUAACACAAAGCUGAGAGGUAUUCUUGAGACGCUAGAAGAUUUGGUGACGCAGAAGGAUGUCCUUGGUCUGAUUGAAGGAAUUGCAAGAAAACCAUCGUCUCAAAACAGGACGACCACUUCUCUCACAGACGGAUCAACUGUUUAUGGAAGGGAGAAUGAUGUGGAAGCCAUAGUUCACUCUCUCCUAUCAAAUGUAACAACAGGUGGUAGCAAUGGUGAUGUUGGUCUGAUUCCAAUUGUGGGGAUGGGUGGGAUUGGUAAAACCACCAUUGCCCAGCUUCUAUACAAGGACAGCAGAGUCCAAAAGUGGUUUGAACAAAGGGCAUGGGUAUGUGUUUCGGCGGAGUUCGAUGUCUAUAAGGUGUCGAAGGACAUUCUUGAAGAAGUCUGUGGGAGGAGUUCCGGCAGCACAACUCUCAAUCAACUUCAGCUUGGGUUGGAGAAGGCAUUUGAAGGCCAGAGGUGUUUGCUUGUGUUGGAUGAUGUUUGGCAUGAUAAGUGUGUCGCAGAUUGGGUUAACUUGCUUAAACCUUUGCAGUCAAUGGCACCUGGAAGUAUGAUAAUUGCGACAACCCGAAGCCAUAGUGUAGUUUCAGUUCUUCGUACGGUGCCAACUAUUAAAAUGCUUCCACCUCACAAUCUACAGAUAUUAGAUGAUGAGGAUUGUUGGUCUCUAAUUGCUAAGACUGCUUUUGAUGGUGGGUAUUCAAGUGUGAGGAUGGCAGACUUGGAAGGGAUUGGCAGGGAAAUAAUGAAGAAAUGUAAUGGCUUGCCUUUAGCUGCAAAAACACUUGGUUGUCUUCUUCGUGCUGAUGCAGAUGUAGACAAAUGGCAGAAUAUAUUGAAGAGCAACAUAUGGGAUUCAACAAAUGAUGGCAGCAUUCUUCCAGCACUAAUCUUGAGUUAUCGCUAUCUUCCAUUGCAUCUAAAACCUUGCUUCGUGUACUGUGCAAUAUUCCCCAAAGACUAUGAAUUUGAGAAGGAGGAAUUAGUUCGUUUAUGGAUGGCAGAGGGUUUCGUGAUACAAUCAAAAGGAAGCAGGGAAAUGGAAGACACUUGUUCUGAGUACUUCAACGAUCUUGUAUCAAGAUCGUUUUUCCAACAAUCAAGUGAACAUCAGAUGUGCUUCAAAAUGCAUGAUCUCAUACAUGACGUGGCCAAAUAUAUUGCUGGAGAAUUUUGCCACAGAAUGGAGGAUGCCAAAUCAUGCAAGGUUUCAGGAAGAACUCGACAUCUAUCAUAUGCAAGGGCAGAACUUGACACCAGUAUCAUAUGGGAGGGCAUAAAUAAAGCUAAACAUUUGAGGACCUUGUUGCCAGUAGAUUGGUCGAAAUGGUGUAGCUAUGAAACUGAAUCCAUGGAUGACAAGGUACUCCAAAACAUAUUCUUGAAACUUACACGACUGCGGGUGCUAUCUUUAUCUGGUUAUAGAAUGACCAGGUUGCCUGAUGCAAUUGGUGACUUGAAACACUUGAGAUAUCUGAAUUUCUCCCUAGCAGUGUUCCACAAGUUGCCUGAUUCACUCUGUAGUUUGUAUAAUUUGGAAAUUCUGAUUUUGCACAAGUGCAAAAACAUUCAGGCUUUGCCUGAUAUGAUUCACAAAUUGAAGCAACUGCAGAUCAUGGAUGUCAGUGGAACUCAAAUUAGAAAACUUCCAGAUUCUUUUUUCUGUUUAAUUAACUUAUGUAGCCUAGAUGUUACAGAAACUUUGCUUCAGGAGAUGCCACCAGAAAUGAGUAACUUGGCAAACCUCCGGAAUUUAACUGACUUUGUUUGUGGAGAUCAUAGAGGUUCUGGUUCUGGUAUUAAGGAGAUGGGGAGCCUUCAAUAUCUCUCAGGAACACUUCGAAUAUGGAAUCUUCAAAAUGUCACAGAUUCUCAAUCCGCUUUUGAAGCUAGUUUGAAGACGAAGAAGCACAUUAGCAGAUUGGAGUUGAGAUGGAAUGGAGAUACCGAUGAUUCAUUGCAUGAAAGGGCCGUGUUGAAGAACUUGCAGCCACAUAUGAACUUGGAGCAUUUAUUGAUUGAAGAUUAUGGAGGAACAAGUUUUCCGGGCUGGGUUGGACGUUCUUCCUUCACACAUUUACUAUCUAUCGAACUGAAUGGGUGUAAAUACUGCUCCUCCUUACCACCACUCGGGCAGUUAACAUCUCUCCGGAAGCUCUCCAUCAAAGCAUUUGUGGAGGUUGUCACAGUGGGUCCCGAGUUCUAUGGCACUACCAAAAUCCCAUUUGGCUCCCUCAAAACUUUGAUAUUUGAACAGUUUCCUGAAUGGACCGAGUGGAUUCCUUAUGAUGGAGGUCAGGCAUUCCCAGUCCUUGAGGAACUCUUCAUCAAACAUUGUCCCAGCCUCGGGAAAACCCUCCCUUCCCACUUUCCCUCUCUAGAAAGACUCGAGAUAAGAGGAUGCCCGGAGCUCAGAUUAGCUUCAGUUCCAUGGGCUUCAAACAUAAUCUCAAUGAGAUUGAAGGAUGAUUCUCGUGAUGUAUGGCUCGAGAUGCUGACACAUGGAGUCCACCGUCUCAGAGUUCAAGUUGCACAGGAUUUGCUAGACGACAUGGAGUUGGUUCUUGAUCUCUCUAAUACUCUGCAAGAAAUUAUGGUCAGAGACUGCAACUCAUUUAGAUACAUGCCACUGGAGUUUUUCCCCAAAUUGAAAGUUGUUUCAAUCAAUGGAUGCCAAAGCUUAGUAUCCCUUUGGAGACCUGAUGCUGCAAAAACAUCGGACAGUUUGGAGCAUCUGAAGUUCCUGGAGAUCUCCAAGUGCCCUAAUCUCAUCUCAUUUCCUGUGGGAAGGCUACAUGCCCCAAACAUGACCCAACUCAUAUUGUGUGAUUGCACAAGCUUGAAGUCUCUAGCCGAACCUAUGCACUCUCUUCUCCCAUCACUAGUGGAGCUCUUCUUGGAUAACUGCCCAAAGCUGGAGUCUUUCCCUGAAGGUGGUUUACCCAGAAAUUUACAGACUCUGAACAUUAAUGGCUGUGAUAAACUCAUAGCAGGUUGGAGGAAGUGGGACUUGCAAUUGUUGUCGUCUCUUUUGAACCUCGUCAUUGGUCAGAAUGAAGAAUUGGAAUCUUUGCCCCUGGAGAGAAUUCUGCCAUGCUCUCUGAACUCUUUGAAAAUCAGGAAUCUUCAGAAUCUGCGAUCUCUGGGGGAAGGCCAACAUCACAUCUCUAUCAAGAAGCUUGAAAUCAAGGACUGUCCUCUAUUGGAAUCUUUUUGCGUAGGCGGUCUCUUCUCGUCACUGGUGUCGCUUGAAAUCAAAGGUUGUGACAAGCUCAUAGCUGGACGAACUGGGUGGCAUCUGCAAUCAAUUUGCAAUCUUGAGGAGUUACAUUUGAGUGCCAAUGAUAAUAUGGAGUCUUUUCCUGAUGAGAUGCUUCUGCCAACCACUCUUACAUCGAUCUUCUUGUGGAACCUUCCAAAUUUGUCGUGUCUCAACUACCACAAACUCCAACACCUCACUUCUCUUAGAGAACUGAAGAGCUGGAACUGCCCCAAGCUCGAGUAUGUUCCUCCUGUUGAUGGGCUCCCCUCAUCUCUUUCAUCUCUACAUAUCAACAACUACUAG